UCAAUCAGCUGCGUCGAGGUUGUCACUUUACGGAGUCUUUAUUUCUCUGUUUCCCGUGAGCCUUGAGGAAGCUGGACUGAAGAGGAUCACACCAGACAAUCGGGUAUCUCAGAGUGUGUAUCAAGGAGUACCACGGCCGCGUUUAACCAUGAAGAGGAGCAGCUGAGGCGCCUUGUUAACUGUACCGAAGUUGGCGAGUCCGUCACGGCAUGCUGAGGCUGCUUAUUAUCUCCUCAAGAUGUUCAGGGAUGCAUAAGAGAUGAAGAACUGGUCUGUCGUGUGUGGUUGCAAACUCUGGAUUAACCGAGAUUAUCGCGAAGGAGAGCAAACAUGUAGAUCCUGUCCUUGAGGGGAGUACGUCGAGGCGAAGGAGGCACGUUCCACCACCCCUCACCGACUCCUCCUACGUACUGUCCACCGCUGGGAGUCUGAAGUACCGCCAUCAGUCACGAGGCGGAGACGUGAGGCAGUCAGUACCCGGGUUGGAAUAUUUGUAUACAGCCGUGACUUUCUUAUGUUGCUGAUAUCAGGGUUGGUGGUGGCUGCCAUUGCAGCACCACUAGUGGAACUUGAACCUGUCGCAGAGGCUGAAGCUCCAGAAGUACCAGUUGAAGUCAUGACGGACGUAGCAGAAACAGAGAUGGUAGCUACAGAUGUCCUUGAGGAGGCUGCCCCUGCCGAGGAAGUUGCAGUCCUCUCGGAUGGAAAACAUCCUCCAUUCAUUGCCAUCUUUGUGAGAACUGAUUUGGCAGAGAAGACUCCCACUGCGGAGGUUUCUGGCCCUGUUGAAGCUCCUAUUAUUGAAGAGGCACCUGUUCUGGCUGAAGAGAUUCCCGUAGAAGAAAUUGUUGCCCCAGUUGUUGAAACGCUUCCUGUGGAGACUCCUGCUCUUCCAGAGGAAACAGCUGUCCUUGAAGAAGCUGAUGCUUUUGUGGAAGAUACUCCUGUUGUUCUUGUGGAAACUAAUUCCCUCACAGAAGAGAUUGAGCUUCCUGGAAGUGAGAUUCCCGUCAUCUCUCAAGCACCAGUCAUCGUGGAGACUCCUACUCUUGCUGAAGAGACUCCUGUUGCACAGGAACUUUCUGUUCAUGUAGAAGAGACUCCUGUUGCACAGGAACUUUCUGCUCCAGUAGAAGAGACUCUUUUCCUUGUAGAAGAAGCCUUGGCUCCUGUGGAGACCCCAGUCAUGUCUGAAGCAUCAAUCAUUGUUGAAACUCCUGUUCUUGAAGAAACCGUUGCCACUCAGGAAUUCUCUGCUCCAUUAGAAGAGAGUCCUGCUCCUGCAGAAGUAGCAGUCCCUGUAGAAGAGACUGUAGCUCGUGCAGAAGAAACGGCAGUUCUCACGGAAGAGACAGCUACCCCUGUGGAAGAGACAGCAGCCCUUGCAGGAGAGGUAGUUCAUGUAGAAGAUACAGCAGCUCCUGCAGAAGAAACAGCAGUCAUUGCAGAAGAGACAGCUGCCCCCGUUGAAGAGAUGGCAGUAGCUCUUGUAGAAGAGACAGCAGCUCCUGCAGAAGAAACAGCAGUCAUUGCAGAAGAGACAGCUGCCCCUGUUGAAGAGAUGGCAGUAGCUCUUGUAGAAGAGACAGCAGCUCCUGCAGAAGAGGUAGCAGUUCCUGCAGAAGAGAUAGCAGCUCCUACAGAAGAGAUAGCAGUCAUUGCAGAAGAGACAGCAGCGCCCGUUGAAGAGAUGGCAGCUCCUGAAGAAAUAACAUUAGUCCUUGUAGAAGAGACAGCAGCUCCCGCAGAAGAGACAGCAGCUCCCGCAGAAGAGACAGCAGCUCCUGCAGAAGAGACAGUAUUUCAUCCAGAAGAGACAGCAGCUCCUGCAGAAGAGACCACAGCCACAGUGGAAGAGGCAGUAGCUCAUGUAGAAGAAGCAUCCCAUGUUGAAGAGACAGCAUCUCCUGCUGAAGAGACUGUAGCUGUUGUAGAUGAGAUGGCAGCUCCUGUUGAAGAGAUGGCAGUUGCUGUUGAAGAUAUUGUACUUCCUGUGGCAGAGACAGCAGUCCCUGCAGAAAAUACAGCAGCUCCUGUAGAAGAAGCAGUAGCUCUGGUAGAAGAGACAGCAGCACCUGUGGAGGAGACAGUGGUCCUUGUAGAGGAGACACCAGUCCCUGUAGAAGAGACUCCUGUUUUUGUAGAAGAGACUGCAGUCGUAGAUGAGGCACCAGCACCUGUAAGCGAGUCUUCUGCCCAUGUCACGGCUGGUCCCGAUGCCAACCAGUUCCCCUUAAGGGAUGUCACCCAUCCAAGUACUUCAGCCUCAGAAGUACGACAGCUGGUGGCAGCAAGACCUCAACCAGUGUCUGUGGGCUCAUUUGCCUCUUUCCCAGCUCCUCAAAAUAGGUUACACCACUCAGCCCCAGCCAGUCAUUUCACUCAUGGACUACAUUUUGCUCCAUCAAGGCCAUUUGCUCCAUCAAGGCCAUUCACUCACAGUUUUCAUCAGGUUCAGGCUCCAGCGGCUCCAGUGGCCCAGCCUGAUCCUGUAUCCCUGGUGCCACCACAGUUCAGGGCAUUCAUCUUCCCUAAUGAUGCACCUGAUGUACUGGCUGCUAAGAUCAACUUCUUCCAGCAUUAUUCAGCUCGUGUGCCACAAAGGCGUGUGUUUGGUUAGGUUGAUCCUAUAACUGAGUGAUGGUAAAGCAGGACAAAUCAUACAUGUCAAAGUAUAGGAUUAUAUACUCUGUCAAGAAACACCAGCACUGUUGUUAACAUUCAUAUGCAUUGCAUAUGGAUAUAAUAUUCAUAUAUAUGCAAGUUACAAGAAGUUCAACAGAUUCUGAGUUUCUCUGAAUUUUUACUGAAUCAAGAAUGUAUGUUCUUUUUUUGUAUAUUUUGACUGGUGCUAAUAUGUAAAUUCAUAUCAUUGGUAUCAUCUCAGAAAACUCAGUUCAUGACUCAGCACUAAGAAAUUUGUGUUCUGACAAUGAUGUCAGUUUUCUUUAUCAGUAGUUCUGUGAUAUCAAGACAUACUUUGUAUUAGGGUUACUCUUUUUACUCAAGUAUUUUGAAAUGAGGCAUUGUGCAUGUGGAUGAUAUGUUGAAUGAUUUGUUUUGUAUGUGGCUGUAUAUAUGUUGCUUGUGUGUACAUAGCAGCAAGGAGGAGCAAGGGAGGAGCAGCCACUCUAGUCGAUGGUGAAAGGCAAGGCCCCUUGUCAAGCUUCUGACUCACUAUUGUUAGAUUUUGCUGUUUGUUUAUUUAUUGAAACUUUGCUUGGUUAAAGAAAAGAUUAUAGUAGCUUAGAAUUGUAAAAAUAUAAAACUGAAAAAUGUAUAUCUUAUGUAUUCUAAGCUAGUGAAUUGUUGGUGAGCCAGAAGGUGUCAGGGCCUGAGAGGCGAGAGCGGUGGUGCAGUACAAAGACGUCUCGUACAUGUUCUAACUAACUGUAGUGGCAACGCUGGAGAUGGGACUCCCUCAUACCAGUCCCAGCUGAAUCACUAGAAAGCCUGCAGAACACUCCCUUUUCAGUAAUGCUCAAUCUUUUCCACUAUUUUGGCUGUUAGUGAUAGAUAUUAUAGUUCUUUAUUGUCUUCCUCAAUUCUAUCUUAUUCUUGAAAGCUAUAAAAGUUGAAAAUAAAUAUUUCAUAAUUUUAAGCACUUUUUCCUUUUCUAGGACCAAACUUUUAUGAAAUUAUUAUAUAGAGCAAAAUUUUAGUGUGCAUAGCAAAAAAGCAGUUUAUAUAUUCAUUAUCAUAAGCCAUCUCACUGUCAUCUUUCCUAGUUGCUUGCUUUCAAUCUCUGUUCUUUUUACUAGGUAUAUUUUUUAAAUAAAUAUACUUCUUA